AUGGAUCUCCAAGCUUUUGUUGAUCCGAACCUCCCAGAGGCCGAUUUGAUCGUUCUCAAGCAUCUACACCACGACAUUGCCAAUUUCGAAGCUACCAUUUCAUCGGCUUCCUCCGAAAAAGAAGACGCAAAUGGAUCGACAACAAGAAGAAAACCUCAUGCAGCAGCAGCUGACAGCAGCAAUGAGGAAGCUGUCAUCUCCCAGCUCGACGCCCUCAACGACCCCUCCGACACCUCCUUCGAACCCACCGUCUUCGUAACCUUUGACAUGGGCCAUCUCCGCACAAAACUGCAUCCAUAUAUAUACAAACACAUCCUCGUCCCUUACAUCGCAUUCGCACGCAAGAUUGUCCGCGUCGACACCGACGUCGUGAUGUUGACACACUUAUUCCUCUACUUUUCGACCUCCGUGCCCUCCGCGAUCCUGCUAUACCGACACUUCACAUACCUCCAUGGCGUGCUGCAUUGGAUAAUGCAGAGCUACUACGUCGGCACAUACACACUCAUGAUGCAUCAACACAUCCAUAUGGGCGGCAUUCUCACCAAAUCCAACCCCAUCAUCCACGCUUUCGACGUCCUGUUUCCAUACAUCACAAACCCAUUACUGGGCCAUACCUGGAACUCGUACUACUACCACCACAUCAAACACCACCACGUCGAGGGCAAUGGACCCGAUGACCUAUCUUCUACAAUCCGGUAUCAGCGCGACUCAAUCCCGGAUUUUGCGCACUACGUKCUGCGGUUCAUGUUCCUCGUGUGGAUUGAAUUGCCACUCUACUUUUUCCGGCAUGGGAAGUACUUGCUUGGACUGAAAGCGUUCUUUUGGGAGGUUAGCACAUACAUCUCGAUUGCAGCACUAUAUCGAUACGUUGAUGCGCGCGCGACUGUGUUUGCUUUUUUGUUGCCGCUCUGCAUGCUCAGGAUAGGGCUUAUGGUUGGAAACUGGGGCCAACACGCACUCGUGGAUGAGGAGGACCCGACGUCCGAUUUGAGGAGUAGCAUCACACUGAUCGAUGUCGCUUCAAACCGCUUCUGCUUCAAUGACGGCUACCACACAUCCCACCACCUCAACCCACGCCGCCACUGGCGCGACCACCCAGCCGCCUUCAUGCGCGCAAAACACAAAUACGCGACGGAGCGAGCACUCGUUUUCAAAAAUAUAGACUACAUCAUGAUGACCGUGAAACUCAUGCAAAAGGACUACAGAUAUCUAGCGAAAUGCCUUGUGCCCAUUGGGGAGACGCAGAUGCAGAUGUCGUUGGAUGAGAGGGCGGCGAUGUUGAGGAGUAAAACGAGAAAGUUCUCCGAGGAGGAGAUCAAGGUCAAGUAUGGGUUGUAG